AUGGGUGCUCUUCUACGUCUACCAAAUUUCUCGGAGCAUUCGAACAUUCGAAAUGCCUGGGUUUUUGCUCUGAGUUGGUUUGCGAUAACAGCCUCCCUCGCCGACGCUCUAAGCAUUGGACUACCUCAACUGCAUGAAAGAGCCCCAGACGCAUCCCUCUCGACGCGUGCUACAUGCUCUGCUAGGCCUGCCGGUCUCAAGCUGCCAGCUCCAGGAACAACAUGGGACUACGUGCUUAAAAAUCCAAUAGCAAAGCCAUCAGAGAUUGAUACUAGCAUUUCUGUGUGGGCCAUCGAUCUUGUUGACAAUACCGCGGCCACAAUCUCCACCAUGAAGGUAAAAGGUGCCAACGUCAUCUGCUACUUUUCUGCUGGUAGUUAUGAGGAUUGGCGGCCAGAUGCAUCCAAGUUCCAGCCGGAUGAUCUUGGUGAAGAGCUUGAUGGGUGGCCUGGCGAGAAGUGGCUAGAUAUUCGCUCAACGAACGUACGAAACAUCAUGCAAUCUCGUUUGGACCUUGCGGUUCGGAAGGGUUGCAAUGGCGUCGAUCCAGAUAAUGUUGACGGCUACGACAAUGAUAACGGGCUUGACCUUCAAGAAUCGGAUGCCACCGACUACGUUAUCUUCCUCGCCAACGAGGCCCACAAACGCGGCCUGACUGUUUCGUUGAAGAACGCUGGAGCGAUCAUCCCCGAUGUCAUUGAUUGCGUGGAUUUCAGCGUGAAUGAACAGUGUCAUCAGUACACAGAAUGCAGUACGUAUGCUGCAUUCAUCAAAGAAAACAAGCCUGUUUUCCACGUCGAAUAUCCCAAAGGAGACGAUGUGAACAACAUCAAUCCAGUUUCUGACGCAAUCAAAAAUGCCAUCUGCAAAGAUUCCACGGCAACAGGCUUUUCGACAAUCAUCAAGAAUAUGAACCUAGAUGACUGGAUCCAGAAGUGCUAG